AUGGCGUCCGUGACCAGCCUCGACCAGGACAUGCGCAAGAUGCGCCUCGACCGGUACACCCCGGGCGCCGCCAACGAGAUACGAUCAUGGAUAGAAGGCAUCCUCGGGCAGAGACUGGCCAGCGGCGAUCUGAUGGAUGCGCUCAAAGACGGUGUCGCUCUGUGCAAACUCGUCAAUCUUGCCGUCUCGCCCGGCGUCAAGUACAAGGAGUCUUCGAUGCCCUUCGUACAGAUGGAAAAUAUCUCUCACUUCCUGCGCGCAUGCGAAAACGCCCCUCUCAGCCUGCCUUCCCACGACCGAUUCCUCACUGUCGACCUCUACGACAACAAAGACCCAGCACAAGUCCUACAAUGUAUUGCCGCCUUUAGCCGCCGAGCACACGCCGUCAACCCUACCAACUUUCCAGCCCCGCUAGGAGGCAAGCCGAAGACGACCAUGAGUCCUCAAGGUACCGGCUCGAGUAAUGGUCCAAGAUCACCGGGCUAUACCACAAACCGGGCCAGAGGCAUCAGUACGGCAGCAGAUACUCCUCCCGCAAUCGCCUUCAAUCCUCUCAACAAGGCGGCAUAUUCCGGUCGUAUCAGUCCUACUAAGCAAACAAGCAGUCUUGCGCGUGGUGGUCUAGCUACUGGUGGACCAGUGAGUAGUUGGAGUCAAAAGGGCGAUCAGGACAAGACCGCUCCUGCCUGGAAUAUUCAUCAGUAUGGCUAUAUGGGUGGUGCAAGCCAAGGCAACCUCGGCGUGGCAUUCGGCGCUCGUCGGCAGAUCACCUCGGCAGGGCCUGAGGUUCCCAGUCUCGCAGAAAAGGAGAAACGCCUGCGGGAGAAACUUGAGCAGGAGAAGCGUGAGCUAGAAGAGCGACAAGCCCAGCAACAGGCGGAAAGGGAAGCAGAACAAGAGCGACAGAGGCAGGAGGAGGAGCAGGCACGUCUGGAUGAGCAGCGGAGAUGGGAAGACGCAACGAGAAGACUUCGCGAAAAGGAAGACCAAGACCGCCGUAGAGAAGACGAUCGUUUACGGCAAGAACAGGAUCGACUUCGACGUGAGCGCGAAGCAGCCGACGCUCAACGUCAGCAAUUGCAACGAGAACACGAAGCCGAGCAAGUCCGCCAGCGUGAAGCUGAGAUGGCCCAACAACGAUCCCGUCAGCGUGGAACCAGCGAUGCCCGACUGAAUGGCCAAUUCCUCUCACAAUAUCAAGCCAACAACCACUCCGACGACCACACUUCUCCCAACCGGUCUGUCAGUAACGAAGCUGCCGCUGAGGCUCAACGCAUCGCAGAUCUCGAACGCCAGCUUGCUGAGCUGCGCGAGUCCCAACGUCGUGCCGCCGCUUCACCACCUUCCACUCUACCAUCUCGCCAACCCCAGCCCACUAGCCACGAAGACGAUUGGGCAGCCUCCGAACGCGACUACCUUCGCAGCGAAUGGACCAACGCUCAGAAGGACUCCGAGAACUACCAACAGCCCACUAAACAGCCUGACCUUCCAACUCGCCCUCUCCCCAACCCAAGUAACUACACUCCUGGUAGCAACCGCACCGACCGCUUCCUCGCCUCCAACCCCGCACCUCCGCCCGCUCAAACGACUUCCCACCGACCCCAAGACUACUCCACUACCACUGAAGUCGACCUCGAGAACCAGCGCCGCGCCGCAUCCCAGACCAAGACCAAGGCCGGCGGUUGGGCAUCCUCGUCACUCCUUCAGCGUGAGAUGGAGCGCGAGCGCGAGCGACAGCGAGAGUGGGAGGAUGGACAGAAGGAGACGGCUACGCGCUCUAGGGACGUGCAGCAGGGGAGUCAGCCAGGCCAGAGCUGGGACGUGCAUCAGUAUGGGUAUAUGGGUGGUGAUAGUCAGAACCGGGGCGGGACGGGGCUGGGUGUCGGUGGUGCGCGGAGGCAGAUUAUUGGGCCAAGACCGCCGCCCUGA